CCUUUCUCCAGCUGGGCUGCUGCCCACCCAGCAGAUGGGGCCUGUGGGAGCUGCCUGCCCUACUCCACCCUCAUAAAAGCCCCCCCCGGGGCCCUGCCUGGUCAGUGUCGUGGACACAUCAGCAAGAUGGUGGACAUCUCUGUGCGCCUGAUGGCUCUGGCCCUUCUAGGAGCCGCAGUGUGUGGUGUGCAGUCCUCCCCGCAGUCCUCAAUGCCCUGUCGUCCACCUGCAGCGGCACAGCCCCGGGGUCGGAUCCUAGGGGGCAGGGAGGCCGAGUCCCACGCGCGGCCCUACAUGGCCUCGGUGCAGGUGAACGGAAUGCACGUGUGCGGCGGCUUCCUCGUGGCCGAGCAGUGGGUGCUGAGCGCAGCGCACUGCCUAGAGGAUGCGGCCGGCGGGAAGGUGCAGGUGCUCCUGGGCGCGCACUCCCUGUCACAGCCCGAGGCCUCCAAGCGCCUGUAUGACGUGCGCCGCGCGGUGCCCCACCCGGACAGCCGGCCGGAGACCAUCGAGCACGACCUCCUCCUGCUGCAGCUGUCUGAGAAGGCCGCGCUGGGCCCCGCCGUGCGCCCCUUGACCUGGCAGCGCGAGGACCGCGACGUGGCGCCCGGCACACUCUGCGACUUGGCCGGCUGGGGCGUGGUCAGUCACACCGGCCGCCGGCCCGACCGCCUGCAGCACGUGCUCCUGCCGGUGCUGGACCGCGCCACCUGUAACCUGCGCAUCUACCACGACGGCGCCGUCACCGAGCGCAUGAUGUGUGCGGAGAGCAAACGCCGGGACAGCUGCACGGGUGACUCCGGGGGUCCGCUGGUCUGCGGGGGCGUGGCCGAGGCCGUGGUCACGUCGGGCUCGCGCGUCUGCGGGAACCCCAAGAAGCCCGGGAUCUACACCCGCACGGCCAGCUACGUGGCCUGGAUCGACCGCGUCAUGGCCGAGGGCGAGGUCGCCUGAAGAGGACCCGGGGCAGGGUCAGCGGUCACCAGGGUUGUGGGGGACCCAGCAAUAAAGUUAUUCAGUCCUGCA